GAAAUUAAAGGAAAUUAAAAGAAAAAAAUCAUUUUUAUAAGAAAAAUAAAAUAAAAUGAACCGACAUCUUCUCUCCCUCUUCCUCCGUGUUGACAAGGAAAAGGCAUCAUAAGUUUGUAAAAGGAAUUCAUUGUGUUGAUCUGUUCUGAAAAUUUCCGUGUUUUCCUGCCUCAUUUCAUGUUGAAAUUGGGUUCGAAUAGCAUUACUGAAGGGCAUAAUGUUGUUCCAGAGCGGAGGGGCUUGUUAAUUUUGGUAAAAUCGUAGUAUGGAAAAGAAAAGAGGCGAAGAACAGGAGGCGGUACUCAUUUCGCUGCCUAAGGUUGAUAGAUUUGGAUUUGUAAAGCAAGAAGGCAACUCUCCCGAUGGAUUUAUGAAAAAUAAAUCCGCUUCGGAGUACGAAAGGGAGGAAAGGAGAAUCAGAAAAUGGAGAAAGAUGAUAGGGGUGGGGGGAAAUGAUUGGAAGCAUUAUGUUAGGCGGAAACCUCAUGUCGUUAAAAGGAGAAUAAGGAAAGGAAUCCCUGAUUGUCUAAGAGGUCUUGUCUGGCAAUUAGUCUCUGGUAGUCGGGACCUCUUGCUCAUGAAUCCAGGUGUCUAUGAGCAACUAGUUAUAUAUGAGACUUCUGCUUCUGAGCUAGAUAUUAUCCGGGAUAUUUCUCGUACAUUCCCUUCACAUGUUUUCUUCCAGCAGAGACAUGGUCCAGGCCAGAGAUCUCUUUAUAAUGUCCUGAAAGCGUACUCUGUAUAUGACAGAGAUGUUGGAUAUGUGCAGGGAAUGGGAUUUGUGGCAGGUCUCUUGCUUCUUUAUAUGAGUGAAGAAGAUGCAUUUUGGUUGUUGGUGGCGCUCUUGAAAGGAGCUGUUCAUGCUCCAAUGGAAGGACUAUAUUUGGUUGGAUUGCCUCUUGUGCAGCAGUAUCUCUACCAGUUGGAUCAUUUGGUGGCCUAUUACUUACCCAAGUUGGGAGAGCAUUUUGCUCAAGAAAUGAUUAAUCCUAGCAUGUACGCAAGCCAGUGGUUCAUAACAGUUUUUUCUUACUCAUUCCCAUUCCAUUUGGCUCUUAGGAUUUGGGACGUCUUUCUUUUUGAGGGUGUUAAGAUUGUCUUCAAAGUUGGUUUAGCCCUACUGAAAUACUGCCAUGAUGACCUGGUGAAAUUACCUUUUGAGAAACUAAUACAUGCAUUACGCAACUUUCCUGAGGAUGCUAUGAACCCUGAUAUGCUACUCCCAAUGGCUUACUCAAUAAAGGUUUCCAAGCGACUGGUGGAAUUGAAGGAUGAAUAUGAGAAACAACAUGGCGGGAAGCUGACCGAGCGCGUUAAACAGAAGAUGCUGAUAUUAAAUCUUCACAGAGUUUCUGACCUCUUGGUUGCAGGGAAGUUUGCAUGGGACACUGAACUUAUACUACAAACAUUUAAUCCCAUGGAUGCUACUCUGAUUCUACAGACACAUGUUAGUCAUCUUGGCAACAAAGACAGACUCAUCUGGCACACAGAUAAAAAAGGUUUAUUCUCAGUGAAAGCAGCUUAUCAAGCAAUUUUGCAAUCAAAGCUCAGUCAGUCACAGCAAGCUGAGUCCAGCAAAGGAAAAGCAAAUGACAAGAAAAUUUGGAACAAAAUUUGGAAACUCCAAAUCAAGCCAAAGCUUAGAAACUUCCUUUGGAGAUGUCUACACAACUGGAUUGGUACAAGCAGUGCUUUGAGGAGGAAGAAAUUGGACAUUAAUGGCAACUGUUGCUGGUGUGAUGAAGAAGAAGAGACUCUAGAGCAUCUCAUGUUCCAAUGUGAUAGGGCCAAAAUUGUGUGGAAACUAGCUGGGCUAUCUUGGGAUUGCUUAAUGAACAAGAGCACAACUCUUACUGACUGGUGGUUCAAUCUCUGUUGCUUGAAAAACUCAGCCCACAACAAGGACAGGAUCUCACUUUCAGUUUACAUAUUGUGGUGGUUGUGGAAAACGAGAAACACUUGCUUGUUUGACAGAGAGCCUACUUCUGAGCUAAAGCUUGUUGAAGCUGACAGUUCUAAGCAAAAACCCAGGGUAACUUCUUCUGUUGCACUCACAAGCUCUGGAGAGACUCAAGGAAUAGGGCAGCUUCCUCAAGCUACCAGUGUUAAUGAAUCUUCUUCAGAUGCUUUCUGUGCUACAGGCAUAGCUUUCUCAGACAAUAUGGAGGUGGCCAGCUGUCUAAAAUCAUUGCAGGUUCCCAAACAUCAACCAAGAGAUACAUCACUGCUGCAAAUUCGAGCUUGGUUGGAAGAAGGACUUGCAUUUGGUUGGCAGAAAGUUGUGCUCACAGUGACAGAUAAAGACUUACAUCAAAUAUUGGCUGGAAAAGAUCAAUGCUCUCCAGAUUGUGCUAUCCUAUGCGGCCAUGUUUGGUCCUUCAGGUCGGCUCUUCUUGAGUCUUCCCCGCCUAUUUCGGGUUGGAAUCAAAAGAAACCUUUUGGAAUGAGCAACUGCAUCCGGUCGCAUGAUCAUCGUGCCCGUGAUGAUCCGUCGCGCCCAACUGGAGGUGACAUUCUCAAGCAAUUAGUCCUACCUGAGUCGACAAACGGUUCUGAGUCACGUCCUCUAGUCCACGUUUACCGUCGUGUACUGCCCUGGUCAAGUCGCCAAGAUGUCGCCAUCAGAUCGCCGAGUAUCGUCGAGGGAAGCAUGGUCGCCCUGCACGUCGCCGCCUGUUAUCCCAUGAGGUUGACGCCACAAAACUUGGAGGCUCAAAUGUUGUUGAGUGAUCAGAAGAAGACCGAAAUGAAAGCACAAAAGGUCAUGCUAAGUGUCGAAGAUGAUGAAGAUGAUGAGGCAUCCGAUUUUAUUGCUAGUACUAGUAGAAUCACUAGAAAUGAAGAGGACUGCGACACAUAUGAUCACGAGGACUAG